AUGUAUAGACAAGUUACUAAUAAAAAUCGAAAAAGACAACGUGUGAGAAGACCAAGAUCUAGAAAAAAUAGUCCAAGAGUUGUUGUUCCAAAACCAAAAGGUCCACGUUAUGCUAAAACAUCUGUAAUAGCCUUACCUGAUACAACAAUUAAUAAAUAUAAAGGGAGUAUUUAUAUUGAAAAAAUUGGAAGUAAUGGUCAAGUUCGUUAUUCACCAGAAGUAACUCCUAGAAGAUAA